AUGUCAUCCAAGGGUCCCUAUGCACUAGACCGAAUAAGGAAACAUACUGUCCCCGUCAAUGGCGCUAAACCGUAUCCAGCAAGCUCGUUAUCUGGCGCAUCGCAUCGCCUCCCAUCAUCUUCCAGUACCAAACACCCAUCUCACUCUUCACUCCCCCAAACCGACACAAGCAUGGCAUCCGAACCCAAGACCUACGUGUCUGGGGGACGCGUUCUCGCAAGUCCCCCCAUCACAGUCCGCAUCAUCCGCUUCAUCGAGAGCAUCUACCUCUUCCUCGGAUUAUACAUCGUCAGCCUAUUCUCGCUGGACCCCUACACCGCAGCCCAAAACUCCCGAUUCAACGUUACUCAGUCAGGAAAGACUCCCAAUACUCGUGCUCGCUGGGGCAGUGGAGGUGGCCGUGGAGGCGGUUCCUGGGGACCGGGCGGCGGCGGUGGUGGUGGACCGGGAGGACCUGGGAGGAGGAUCGGUCGGGUGGAUGAUAUUCGUGGCCCGGAGUGUAAGAGCUGUGGUUGA